AUGUCUGACCAACAAAAGCACGUUCAUGGCUUCUGCACUAUAUUUAUAAAUUGUUGUGAAUUAGUUAGUAAUGUGGCUGCUGCAGUAUCUGUUAAUGUUCUUUUAGUCAUGUGGAGAGCUGCACUAUAUGUUAAUGUUCUUGGCCUGGUGCCAACGUUUGAUGAAUUACUUCCAGGUGUUGAUCACAGAUUCUGUGUGAGACACCUUUAUGCCAACUUCAAAAAAAAAUUUCCAGGGCUGAAUCUUAAGAAAAGGAUGUGGAGAGCUGCAAAAUGUACAUAUCUAGCAGCAUGGGAAAAGGAGUUGAUGGAAAUCCGAGCCAUUAGUGAGGGUGCCUAUCGACACUUGAUAGGAAUUCGUCCAAAGUAUUGGACUAAAUCAAGGUUUGAAUUCUAUCCUAAAUGUGACGCUCUUGUCAAUAAUAUGUGUGAAAGCUUUAACUCUGCAAUUGUUGAAUCAAGGGAAAAACCAAUAUUGACAAUGCUAGAAGAUAUUAGAGUUUAUUUGAUGAAGAGAUGGGCUGAAAAUAGGGUACUUAUUGAGAAGUAUAAGGAUGAUAUUCUUCCUAGGAUUAAGCUUAAGUUACAAAAGGAAAUAGAUGCUUCUAGGUGGUGGUUUCCGGUUGCUGCCGGUAUUUCAAAAUUUGAAGUCAUAAGAGGCAGGGACAAAUUUGUAGUAGAUCUUCUGAAGAAAGAAUGUACUUGUAGAAAGUUUCAAAUGACAGGUUUACCUUGUCCACAUGCAGCUAGUGCAAUUAAUUGUGCUAAAGAUGAUAUUCGAAAAUAUGUUGCAAGCUGUUACACUAAAGCUGCUUAUGUGGCUUGUUAUACCCCCAUGAUUAACCCUUGUAAUGGACAUACAAUGUGGGAGAGAACUACUCACCCAGAUGUGAUGCCUCCACCACAUAGAGUGCCAAUUGGGAGGCCUAAGAAGAAAAGAGCAAGGGGGAGGGUGAAGAACCACAGGGCCCAAGCACAUCUAGGCUGGGGUUACAACAAAAAUGCUCUCGUUGUCUGA